CUGGAGAACGCCAUGCAGCUGAUGAUCCAAACCUUCCACAAGUACUCCGGGAACGAGGGGGACAAGUACACCCUGAGCCGGGGAGAGCUCAAGGAGAUGCUGACCCAGGAGCUGGGCAACUACCUGGGGAAUCCCCAGGACAAGGACGCCGUAGACAAGGUGAUGGGGGACCUGGACGCCAACAAUGACGGCGAGGUGGACUUCACCGAGUUUAUCAUCCUGGUGGGAGCCUUGACCGUCGCCUGCAAUGACUUCUUCCUGGAGUACCACAAGGACGACAAGAAGGAAAAGUAGUGGGCCACAGCCACGAACACAGCUGCAAAGACG